AUGUUUGGACUGUUUUUAGGAGUAGUUAUUUUAAUAUUAUCAAUAAUUUAUUUAAGUGGCAGAUACAAUGAAGCAUACUGGAACAGACGUAAAGUUAAAUUCUAUCCGAGGAACAAAUUUGCAGGUAUAUUUUGGGACUUCUUAACGAAGGACAAAGCCGUUUUUGAAAAUAUUUAUGAAAUUUACAAGGAACAUAGGAAGGAACCAGCAAUUGGGCUGGGUGGUUUAAUGACACCAACAUUAUAUGUAAUGGACCCAACGAAUAUACAACAUGUUCUGGCGACAGACUUCAACUCUUUCAAUCACAGAGGAAUAACUAUUAACGAUGGUGACCUUUUAGCUGACAACUUACUAUUGAUGAAUGGAAACAGGUGGAAGCUAAUGCGGCAAAAUAUGACACCACUAUUUACAGCAACUAAAUUAAAGUCUAUGUAUUAUAUCAUAGAUAAAAGUGCCAGUGAUUUUAUUGAUCUACUAAAUAAUAAGCCCGAACUUUUAAAAGGAAACGUGUUUCACACCCUAUCUUCGUUCUGCAGCGCUGCAGUUGGAGCUGCUGUUUUUGGAGUUGGUACUAAGUCCAUUUUCGAUUCUCCAUUCUUAGCCAUGGCACAAGACUCACUUGCCCCAAGCACAAUAAACAACAUUAAAUUUUCUAUAGCAAACACAAGCACCGUUCUUUUUAAACUGUUAAAUAUUAAAAUUUUCACUCGGCAUGAAAAAUUCUUCAUUGGCGCUAUAAAACAAAUAAUACAGGAACGCAAGCGAGAAAAUGUCAAGAAACAUGAUUUUGCAGACAUAUGUGUAACCUUACAGAAAAGUGGAAAGUUAGUCGACAAAGAAACAGGCUUGGAACUAGAGCCAACAGACGAGCUUUUAGCUGCUCAAGCUUUUUUCUUCUUCAUUGCUGGCGUUGAACCUACAGCAACAGCAAUAUUCGCAACAUUAGUUGAAUUGGGUCGGAACCCUGUACACUUAGAAGAACUUCACAAAGAAGUAGACGACGCUUUUAAUAAAAACGAUAAUACAAUAACUUACGAUGUUGUCUGUAACAUGACCUACCUUGAUAUGGCUUUUAAUGAAGCAAUGAGAAUGCACCCGCCUAUAGGAUUUUUAACAAGAGAAUGUGUUAAAGAGACUGUGCUCCCGGUCGGUAACAUUAAAGUAGACAAAGGAACCAGAAUUUUUACGCCAGUUUUUGAAAUUCAUCACGAUGAAAGGUAUUUUGAAGACCCUGAGGUGUAUAAACCAGAAAGGUUUUCCCCCGAAAACAAGCAUAAGAUUGCCGAUAUAACAUUUAUGCCUUUUGGAAAGGGUAACAGAAUAUGUGUAGGAAUGAGGUAUGCUACUUUGCAAGCAAAAGCUGGACUAAUGUACUUGUUACGUAACUUCACAGUAAAAACUAUUAUUAAGGAGGGUGGAAUGAGAUACAGCAAACAGCAAGUGCAAGUAAGACUUGACAAUGUCGACCUAAAAUUAGUUGCUAGAAAUUAUUAA